CUUCUUGAACAGCGUCUACAUACACACACACACACACACACACAAGUGACCUUCCGGUUUUGUGUCAUCAGAAAGAAAUCAGUCAUGGAUAAAGCUGGCUGCAUGGCUCCUUAUGGUCUGGAGAUGAGACCAUCUGGGUGUCCACUUGGGCUGGAGUGCUUAACACAGACCGACCUGCUUCUUAUUAACCAGAAAGUGAAGCUGACUGAAGUUCUUUUAAGAUGGGAGGCCAACAACAAGUACCUGGUGAAGAACUCACUUGGGCAGCAGGUCUUCUUCGUGGCCGAGGAGAACGAGUGCUGUAACCGGUACUGCUGCGGACCGCUUCGCUCCUUCGUCCUCCACAUCCAGGACAACGGGGGCCAGGAGGUGCUCAGGCUCACACGUCCUCUACGCUGCAGCAGCUGCUUUUACCCCUGCUGUCUGCAAGAGCUGGAGGUGCAGUCUCCAACGGGCACUCCUAUCGGGUACGUGGUUCAGACGUGGCACCCUUUCUUACCCAAGUACACCAUUCAGAACGAGAUGAAGCAGGACGUUCUGAAGAUCGUGGGACCUUGCUUCUCCUGUAAAUGCUGUUCCGAUGUGAAUUUUGAGGUUUUGUCAUUGGAUGAAAAAGAGUCUGUGGGCCGCAUCAGUAAGCAGUGGACAGGCUUCUUGUCAGAGGCUUUCACGGACGCAGACAAUUUCGGGAUCAAGUUCCCUCUGGACCUGGAUGUGAAGCUCAAGGCUGUGCUUCUCGGAGCCUGUUUUCUCAUCGACUUCAUGUUCUUUGAGAAAUAAUAAUAAAAAAAAAAAAAAAUUGGAGUGGGAGUUCCUUCCUGUUUUCAACGUGAGACGUCCAUGCUUCAGCAAUUUAGGAAACUAAAUAUAUGUAUAUAGCAGGACAUACAUCUCUUCUUUUUUUUCUUUUACUUCAAAUAUUGAAUGUAUCUGGAAUAGAUAUUUACAGUAUAUUGUGUAUCUGUUUCAUGUGUUUUUGAAUUAUAGCCUCUAGAUGGCACCACAGCGCAGUGCUUCGGUGCAACACUCACACUAUAUAUUACCUGACACGUUAUUUAAAGAUAACAAGUUUUUACUUUUUAAAGCAAAGAAUCGCUAUUAAUCUGGCCACUUUGGCAAAGACUAGGCCUUAAUUUGUGCCCAAAAAUACAUAACAGACUGACUACUAGACCUUUAGCCAAUAAUAAUGCCCAAGAACAGAGGUUUUGUAUAGCAAAUGGAUGACAGUCAGCCCCAUAACGAUGCACAGGGACGUUUACAAUGGUACAAUCUAUGCUUGUUACUAGCUCGACUAGAAUCGAGUGUUUUUUCUGCCAGAGAGCAGUACACAAGCCUGACAUAUGUCUGAAGCACCAUCCUGCCCUCGUCCCGGUUGGGGAAAACAGCAGGGGUGUGACUGGUGGAUGCGUUUGGUUUGAUCAAUAAUGGAGGAUUCGUCUAACAGAGGCACAUAGAGAGGCAGUCGUUUUCCAAAUGAAAGGCCUGAUUGAUGCUCGUCGCAGGCGUUUCACCUGACCCACAUCGGGCCAUCUGUAGACUCAAUCAACCAAUGGAUCAACCCAAAAAAAAAAAAAAAAAAUCCCAAUUUACCAUGUUACCUCUCUUUCCAGUUUCUCAAUAGCGUCCAUGAUUGGAGUUUGUAGGCCUGUGAGUUGGACGACGUUGGUUUUCGUCUUUAAUCCAUUAGCAUUGGACGCAUCCACAAAGCAAAAACAUAAUGGCUGUGAAAUUGCCGAGAUUCAAACUCACAAACUGCCAAUGACUCAGAUAUAUCGGAAAACCUCGAACUCAAACCGGAACACCUUGUAGCGUUAAUAUGCCCAAACUAACCAGGCUGAGUAGCUCCUUGGAGGGUUGACCCAAUUUAGACAUAGUCAGUAUUGGAAAAGAAAGACUAGUGGGUUUUACCACAUGGGAAGUAAACCAGGCCAGAAGAAGAGCAUAAUUACCUUCGAUUUUCCAGCUUCAAAGAAGUGCUGUUGUUGUGUCCUUGCUUUCAGUUCAGCUAAAUAAGGAAUGUUUAGCCAACAUUAGACAAAUAUACAGUAUAUUUUAGUAUAUUUAGAAAUUCCAGCUCGAAAAUGGCAAAAACUGCACUGUCAGGUUAUAGGUGAAAUUUUUGUAUCCCUAAUAAAUCUACUAACGGAUGUUAA